AGGACUUUUAGUCUGUUCCUUCAUUUUGCAGACAGAAGGACGGAGGUUCACAUGACAGGUCCAAAAGUCACACUGCGGUUGGGUCAUCUGGCACCUGGGCUCCUGCUCCUUGUGGACUCCAGCGCUUGCCCUCCCGGGACACUCCUUACCCAGACCGGCCCCUUCUGUCCUGGAGGGAGGGGAGAGUGAGGCUUGGUGGGGGCCUGUGGCCAGGGCGACGGAGCUGCUCUGUCCCCCACUCCUCGGACCGGCCCCCAACUCUUAGGGGAUGCACCUGCGGCAUCUCCUGUAGUUACGAGUUAUGGCCGCUGGGUGUCGCCACACAGCAAAAAACCCACAGGCCGUCGGGAGGACAGGACCUAAUGGGAGCUCUGACGAGACAGCGCCUCCAGAUCCUGAUCGCCAACCCCUGAAUUCCUGCCCAGGUCGUUGGUCCGCUACAGACUACCUGCCAGGUGCUGGAUCCACACUCUCGCUAAACCUGCCAGCGGCGCUGAGGGAACAAGCCCGGGACCAUUUCCAGUCCACGAGCAGCCAGAGUUACCGCCCCCUGGAGGUGCCAGAUGGCAAGCAGGCCCUGCCCUGGAGCAUGUACCAGACCAGCUCAGGCUAUGGGCGGGAGCAGCACUGUGCGGGCCCCCCGACCAAGGAGGUCCGGAAGGUCCAUUUCGACACCCAGGAGCAUGGGCCUCAGGCCAUCACAGGGCUGGAGCCCAGGGAAGUGCCCCUCCUCCACCAGCAGCAGGGCCAGGACUCGCUGGAGCAGGAGAACUUCCGAUACGGCCCACGCUUCAUGACUUCGGAGUACAAUUCCAAGUAUCUGAGGGAGCCUCCAGACCAGCCAGAUCUGUUGCAGAAGAAAUCAAUCGGCGCCAUGGAGGGGAGCAGCUUCACCAGAGAGUCCCACCAGAGCCCCGUUGUCUUCCAGCCCCCCUCACAGGCCCUCCCUGGGGACCCCGCCCUCCUCCCAGGCCAGAGUGUCACCAAGUCAAGCUUCCUCCCCAAGACUCACCUGCAUGGAGAUGAGUUCCUACCCGUGCUGGCCAGAGGCUCCAGCCAGGAAACAGCCUUCAGCCGAGGGAAUGAAAGGGUUCUGAACCCCAGAGUGCCCCCUUCCCACCCAGAAUCCAGCAGCCUGAGUCAUCAGCAGUUUCAGCCACCCCAUCGGAUGCAACAGACAAAUGUUGCCCUGCUUGGCAGGGAGACUGUGGGGAAAAAGGAGCCCACAGGGUUCAGCCUUAACAACCCAAGCUAUGUCCGGAGCCCCCGCGAUCCUGACAGGGAUCAUCGAUUCCUGACCACCUACAACCAAGGGUACUUUGAGAACGUCCCCAAGGGUCUCGACCGGGAAGGCUGGACUCGAGGUGGCAUCCAGCCCCAGACGCCGGGAGGCUAUGCCCUCAGCCAGCCGGUCAGCCGAACGGAGGCCACCCCCAAGCCCACGGAGAGCCUGCAGCACCUGCACCCCCACGUGGGAAGAACCCUGGCCUCAGUCGACCCCUUCUACCGAGCCACACCUCCCAGCAGCCGCUUCGUGGCACCCAGCUGAGCCCUGAGCCAUUGGUUUGUCAGCUCUAGGGGACAGAAGCCAGCCAGGCUACUGGCUGUACCCCCACUCCAUCCCCCACACGGACCUCCCCAAGCUACUCUCCUAAUGAAAUAAAGAGCAUUGAAGCAGA